AUGCCAAACCAGGAAAACUGGAACUACGCUGACGCCGACACUGGUCAGCAGCUGUGGAAGACGCUAGUAGCCAAAUACUUGUCUCUGGCACCAGCCGAUCGAACACCCUAUAAGACGCGGGCAAUUAGUUUUCGAUCUGCUUGCGGUGAUCGCAAACAUCGACUACUCGCACCACAAGUCAUCGAGCGUGUUGUGAUGGCGCACCAGACAAUAGCGGAGCGCGACGCCAGUGUAGAAGUUUACCAGCCAAGACCUGUCUUAAUACGUACAUGCUACGAUGUUGUAUUAAAUGAAAAGACAAAUGUCUUUAUCAACGCCAUCACAGGAGCACACUAUGGACCAGAAGCACUAUUCAUCCUGGACGAUGGCCAGCGCUUCGACAUAGACGGUGACGAGCGAAUCGCGCAACGUAUUCGGCAGCGAAUCCCAGGCCAUUUCUGCGAGAUCAGUAUUUUGAAUAGCGUGAGUCAGGGGCAGAAUCGAACACCGCCAGCUGGUUUUCCGAAGGAUCUCGACGCAAUCGUUGAUCGCAUGGAGGUGUUUGUCUACGUCGUUGACAAGGCUGCGGUGGAGGAGUCACUUGUAAAGGUAUUUUGGUUUGAUGUCUACGGAGAAUGUCUAAGAGUAAGCAAAGGAACGCCAGAGGAUACGGAUAAAAUCACCGAAAACUUUCGAGAAAACUAUUCCAUGUUUGAAGCGGUGGUUGCGUAUGAGCGUCCAUAG